AUGAUACCUUUCAGAGCACUAACCAUACCUUGGGAAGUGGUGACAACAGAUUUAUUUAGUUUGGACAACUCGGACUAUCUACUAAUUGUUGCCUAUCUUUCCAGAUACUUUGAAGUUGUUAAAUUACCAGACACAAAGAGUUCAACGGUUAUCACGUACACCAAGUCGAUAUUCUCCCGACAUGGUAUUCCUGCAGAAGUCGUAAGUGAUAAUGGGCCACAAUACUCAUCUAGAGAAUUUCAAGCAUUCGCAGAAAGCUGAGAAUUCAAGCAUACGACAGUUAGUCCUCUCAACCCACAAGCCAAUGGUUUAGCAGAAAGGACUGUACAAACUAUCAAAGAUAUUUUAGUUAAAUCGAAGAAAGAUCAACGAGAUCCAUAUUUAAGUUUAUUGGAAUAUCGAAACACUCCUAUCGAUGAUGUGGGAAGUCAGCGCAGUUACUGAUAAAUAGGCGUUUGCGUUCAAGAAUUCCUCAAACGAUAUCGCAGUUGAAGCCCCGUGUUCCAUCCUGUUGAAGUAAAGAAAAAAAGAAUCUCAAGCGGCAGAAACAGAAAUUCUAUUAUGAUCGUCAGUCAAAAUCCCUUACUAAGUUACACGAAGGAGAUAGAAUUAGAGUAGGAAUGAAAGGUUCGUAGAAACCAGGUGUUGUCACUCGUGAAGAAGAAACACCGAGAUCGUAUCGUGUUCAGACUGAUGAUGGUGGUGAAUAUAGGAGAAAUAGAAGAAUGCUUAUGAAGUCUGUAGAACCUGAUCCUGUAGCAGAGGACAUGUUUAGUGAUGAAAUUCCUUCAACAAGAAUGCGAAGUAUACCCUCCCCUGAAAAUGUUGAAGCACUAGUCACUCCUGAUGAAACCCAAUCUCAAUCGAGUACAAUUCCUGAAAUUAUCCCUCCAUCUACAGAAGUUAAACAACAUCGAGAGGAAGAAUAA